AUGCGCACGACAAUCAGCACCAUUGCCCUGACGGCUCUGCUGGUAGAGCUUGCUGUUGCAGCCCCCACCUACAGUGGCCACACUGAUCGUAUCCCAUACACAGCGAAAGAUGACUACUAUAUUUCGUUAGGACCAAGACCCUACUAUAUUAUUCAGAACAUGACCGAUGGCCCCCUCAAGCAAAAGCUGGAGUCAUGCGAGAACGGGCCUUUCGGCAUCACGACCUGGAGUAUCGGACAUAGGGGUGGCGGCACUCUUAUGAUCCCCGAGGAGUCUGUCGAGUCGACAAUGGCUGGUGCACGCAUGGGAGCUGGUAUCCUUGAGUGUGACACGGCCCUGACUUCGGAUCUGGGCUUGGUUUGCCGACACUCAAUCUGCGAUCUGCACACGACCACCGACAUCCUCCUCAGACCAGAACUUGCUGCGAAAUGCCACACGCCAUUUAGCCCAGCUAAUGCAACCCAUGCUGCUACCGCUCUUUGCUGCACAACCGACAUCACCAAGGAUGAGUUCAUGUCGCUUUGCUCCAAGAUGGACGGGUCCAACUCCAGUGCCACGACCCCAGCGGCCUACCAACAUGGUGUGCCAUUCUUUCGCACCGAACUCUACGACACUUGUGCCCAGCCCAUGUCCCUCGACAGCUACAUCGAUUUGGUAGACAGCCUUCCAGGUUACCGCAACUUUACCCCCGAAUUGAAGACACCACCCUCCCAGGUUCCAAUGCCAUUCAAAGGCUACACUCAAGCCCAAUAUGCUCGCGAUUUCAUGCAAACCUUUAUCAACCACGGCAUCGACCCCAGCCGCGUGUGGCCGCAGUCCUUCACGCCAGCCGAUGUUUAUCUCUGGUUGAACGAGUACCCGGCAUUCGGAAAGCAAGCUGUUUUCCUCGAUGAGGAUGGAGAUGACCCGGCAAACUGGACCACUGCCGUGAACCGACUUCCCGCCUUGAAGGCCUCUGGCGUCAACAUUAUCUCUCCUCCCAUCAACUACUUGCUUGCUGUUGCUGCCGACAACAAGACUAUUGUACCCUCGGACUAUGCUAUUACCGCAAAGAAUGCCGGACUCGACAUCAUCGCCUGGUCCUUCGAGCGUUCGGGGCCUUUGACUCGCGUGAAGGCAGAUGACGACUACUACUACACUUCCAUUGCGGAUGCUGUUCAUUACGACGGUCAACUGUAUGAGGUGCUCGACAUCAUGGGCCGUGACAUUGGGAUCAAGGGCAUGUUCGCUGAUUGGUCGGCCACCGUUACCUAUUAUGCGAACUGCAUGGACCUCAAAGGGCCAGGUAAUAACUAG